UCGUCUCCAUGGAGACCGUCGGCGGCGCGAGGCGAGUGUGGGCGGCGCGGGGCGUCUUGUCCUGAACUGAGGAGAUGAGCGUGAGGUAGAAGCUGCGCCUGGCUGAGGCAGACCCACUUUCGGGCUCGAAGCGCCCGUCCACACGACAAGCGGGCCCUUGACGGGUCUGGACCCUUUACAGACACCUCUCGGGGAUUCCGUGACCGCUCAGCCUCCGCCGCCGCCAUUCUUCCUCCCGCUGAGCCUGCUGGCGGCAGAUUUAGAGGGCGAUUUGUGUUCAGGAUGUCGCGCACAGGCCGCGAUUUGAGAUCUUUGUCUGAAGGACUUAUGAGUGACUGGGUUGGUGGAAACGCUUUGUACCCCGGUAUGUUAUGAGAAUGAGCUGGUGCUCUUGUCUGGGAUGCAGGCAUUGAGAUUCCACAACUCUCGGCCAGGAAAAUGCUCCAAACCAGCAACUACAGCCUGGUGCUCUCUUUGCAGUUCUUACUGCUAUCCUUUGACCUCUUUGUCAACUCUUUCUCUGAACUGCUGCGCAUGGCCCCUGUUAUCCAGCUUGUGCUCUUCAUCAUUCAGGAUAUUGCAAUCCUCUUCAAUAUUAUUAUCAUCUUCCUCAUGUUCUUCAAUACCUUCGUCUUCCAGGCUGGCCUGGUUAAUCUUCUGUUCCACAAAUUUAAGGGAACAAUCGUCCUUUCAGGAACAUACCUUGCUUUGAGUGUAUCCUUCCACAUCUGGAUCAUGAACCUCCGCUGGAGAAGUUCCAAUUAUUUUGUUUGGACUGAUGGACUGCAGACCCUCUUUGUUUUCCAAAGACUGGAUCGGCAACUGUCCUCUACCCCUCUGGAGAUUCUGCUGUUCCUUAAUGGCUGGUAUUAUGCCACGUAUUUUCUGCUGGAGAUUUUCAUGUUUGUCUAUAAAGGACUCCUAUUGCCCUAUCCUUCUGCUAAUCUGGCUUUGGAUCUGGUUAUGCUCUUCCUCUACCUUGGAAUUGAAGUUACAAGGAUAUUUUUUGGCUCAAAAGGGAACCUAUGCCAGCGGAAAGUACCACUUGCCAUCAGUCUGGCACUAACCUUUCCUGCAGCAGUGAUGGCAGCCUAUUACCUGCUACUACAAACCUAUGCCCUGCGGCUGGAAGCCAUCCUCAAUGCGAUCCUGCUUCUCUUCUAUGCUGUUGAACUGUUGCUGGGCAUUCUUACUCUGGCCGCCUUUUCCAGUUUGGAUUCAUACUGAGUGGCUACCUGGGCUCCAUUGUGUGGAGAUCGAAGUGUAAGGCUGGAGGAACCCUUCAUUUCUACGGCUGGGCCAAGAUGAGGUUUGGGGUUCAGCUCCAUGUGCAAGCCAAAAGAAGAUGCUGUAGGUACCUCUUUUCCUCCAGACAUGUCCGGACAAGGGGCAGCAAUUAUCUGUAACAGGACCACCAUCAUCCUAGCAUUCCUUUUGGAAGGUGGCAGUUUUUCUAGACCAAUUCUACAGUUUGGACCAUUCAGCUCUGCCUGAUCUAUAGAUGGUGGCACCCUUCAAGUGCAGUGUACUUCAACUCCUUCAGAAGGAGGCAUUCUGACAUGGGGUCAAUAAUCUAGCAUGUGUGCAGCGACUCCCAUUGUGGCAUUUUUGUCAAAUCCUCCCUAAUUCUGUAACCACCUGUGUCCUAUCCCUGCGAGGGCACAGGGUUUUGUGGGCAGUGGAUCAUGGACUCUUUCCCUCACUCAGUAUUGUGAUGUGUAUUGACAAUUUGUGAUACUUGGUUUUUUACUGUAGCUGUGGAAUAAAUAUUUAUUUUUCAA